CAAAACCUUACAAUCUUUUCAAGGACGAACGAUGUCCAAAAUUGCAUAUUCAAAUAUCCCACAGCACAAUGAUGAUGAUGAGGAUAUAGUGAACUCCCGUGACAAUGACUCUCUAGAGCUUUCAGAACUAAACUCUUUAGAUUAUGAAGAAGCUACAAUACCGAAUGCUACUCAGGACACUUCAACGUUGGACUCAGAAUCACUAGCUGAAAUACCUGCACAACUGAAUAAGUCAAACUUGAAGAUGGCAUUCAUGAACAUGGCUAACUCUAUAUUGGGUGCUGGUGCUAUUGGAACACCUUUUGCAAUGAGUAAUACCGGUAUUGUUGGUGGAGUUUUCGCUUUGAUCUUGUUAACACUAUUGGUUGAUUUCACUAUAAGGUUGAUCGUUAUCAAUUUAAAACUGUCCGGGAAAACAGGGUACCAAGACACUGUGGAUCAUUGUUUUGGUAGGGUUGGUAAGGUUAUCAUCAUUGCAGCUCAAGCAUUAUUUGCAUUUGGUGGUAGUAUUGGAUUUUGCAUCAUUAUUGGUGAUACCAUACCGCAUAUCCUAAGGUCUUUCUUCCCUGAUUAUCAAAAUAAUGAAUUUCUUAAGUUUCUAUUUGCAAGAAAUACCAUAAUUGUUUUUGUUACUCUAACCGUUUCCUUCCCAUUAUCAUUGAGUAAAGAUAUAUCAAAACUGGCUAAGGCAAGUGCACUGGCGUUGGUUAGUAUGCUCGUCAUUAUUCUGAUUGUAUUAAUAAAAGGCCCUGAGUUAAGCCCUGAGUAUAAAGGGGUUUUGAAUACUAAGAAUACCAUUGUCACUCCAAGAAUAUUUCAAGGGAUAAGUGUUAUUUCAUUUGCUCUGGUGUGUCAUCAUAACACCAGCUUUAUUUUCCAUUCUUUAAAGAAGCCAAGUCUCAAUAGAUUUUCUCUUUUAACCCAUAUAAGUUGUUUUGUAUCCAUGCUGGCAUUAGGAUUCAUAGGAUUUGGUGGGUUUUCAGUCUUUAAAGACAAGACCAAGGGUAAUAUCUUGAACAACUUCCCAGGAAAUGAUUUUGUUGUGAACAUUGCAAGAUUUUGCUUUGGCUUCAACAUGUUGACAACAUAUCCGUUGGAAAUUUUUGUGCUGAGAGACGUUCUCAAAGAUUUGUACUACAUCAACUAUGAUACACCUCAAGAGCUGUCAAAGAAAAGUCAUAUCAUAUUUACCACUGCUCUUGUUUUGAUAACGAUGACAAUCUCAUUAACUACAUGUAAUCUAGGAGCAUUAUUUGAAUUAAUUGGAGCUUCAACUGCAUCUAUCAUGGCAUAUAUAUUACCACCUAUGUGCAAUUUGAAAAUGACUGGUUCAACAAAGACACUAAAAGAAAAAUUACCAUAUCUUGGUUGCAUUGCUUUUGGUUUUGCAGUCAUGUUCAUUUCAUCAACACAAACAAUUAUCAAUGCAAUUCAUGAAAAAGAUGGGGCGCAUUGUUCCGCUUGA